AUGAAUGAAUCACUCGGUCGUCAAAACUUGGUUCUGUGGCUCAACAUUCUUGGAUUCUGGGUAUGUGCUGUCCCGAUUGGUGCUGUUUUGACCUUUGUCGUUGACAUGGGUGUGAAUGGACUCUGGUGGGGAUUCAAUAUUGGAAUCUAUACAUCCGCGGCGGUGGGGAUUUGGUUCCUCAAGUUCCGCAUAGACUGGGAACAAGAGACCAAGAAGACUGUCGAUCGCUUGUCGACGUUGAAAAAGUCAGACGAAACGAAGAGCGGGUCAACAGAGCCAACUGAAAAGAGAGACGAAUUGAUCGACGAACCGAAAGAAGAGGCGAUGUUACAAGAAGUGCAAAACUGCUAG